AUGCUGAAUUCAACUUUAUCAUCUUUAACUUACUUCAUCCUUGGAGCUUAUUUUGACAUUGGAAACUUAAGAUACUUGUAUUUCAUGAUAACUGCUCUGCUUUACUUUGUAAUUAUUAUUGCCAACUCCUCUCUGAUUGUAGUUAUCUGUCUGAACAGAAGCUUACAUGAACCCAUGUACCUGUUCCUGUGCAGCCUGUUUGUAAAUGAACUAUAUGGUAGUACAGGGUUGUUUCCAUUCCUGCUGAUUCAGAUCCUCUCUGACAUUCACACUGUUUCUGUGCCUUUUUGUUUCCUGCAGAUUUUCUGUGUUUACACUUACGCCAGUGUCGAGUUUUUAAACCUAGCCAUCAUGUCUUAUGACAGAUACCUCGCUAUCUGUUAUCCUCUACAAUAUAACACACGUAUGACAUUUAACCAUGUAGCUGUCUUCAUUAUUUUUGUAUGGUUGUACUCUUUUGUGAAAUUCUUAAUCACUUUAUCCUUAAACAUCCGUUUGCCUCUUUGUGAAAACACCAUCAACAGUUUGUAUUGUCAUAACUACCUUGUAGUGAAGUUGGCCUGUUCUGAUACUAAAGUGAAUAACAUCUAUGGACUGUUUGGUGUUGUUCUCACCAUUGUAGUUCCUCUGCUUCCAAUCCUUUUCUCUUACAUGAAGAUUCUCAAAGUGUGUUUUUCUGGUUCUAAACAGACCAGACAGAAAGCUGUCAGUACCUGCACACCUCACCUUGUGUCUCUGCUCAACUUUUCUUUUGGCUGCUGCUUUGAAAUCCUGCGGAGCAGGUUUGAUAUGACUAGUGUUCCCAGUGUGCUGCGGAUCAUCCUGUCUCUGUACUUUCUCAUCAUGCAGCCACUUCUGACUCCUUUCAUGUACGGACUGCAGAUGUCCAAAAUAAGACAAACAUUCAAACAUCUCUUCUGUAAUAAAAUGUUGACUGGUUAUAGAGAUACUGUGUAG